UCCUCCUCCUCUUCCUCAUCCCAAUCAGCUUCAUAAUCAUUCUCUUCAUGAUCCUCCUCCUCCGUUUCUUCCUCAAUAUCCUCCUCUUCAUUACCAUCGUCAUCAACAUUACUUACCCCAUCAACAUUACUUACCCCAUCAACAUCACCAUUACCUUCACCAUCAACAUUACCUCCCCCAUCAACA